AUGGCGGACUUAAAGCGUCUCGCUUCUUUUCUUCUCCUCUAUUUGAUGUAUGUUGUAGAUUGCUUGGAGAUGUCAGCUUCAGAAUGUCUCACUCUGGGGAUGUUACCUGGCCUGAUGUGUCAUUCAUGUAAUGAUUUGGAUAGAUUUCACCUUUCACCCUUAAAAGCUGACUGCCAAAGCUGUUGUGAAGCAGACAUAGAUGGAGACAAACCACAACAGAAAUAUCCUUAUGCUGAAUUAGUUGUCCAAGCUUUUGUAAAAAGUGAGCGUCCUAACCAAUUUCCUGGUCUUACCAUUCGUUAUGUCCGUGGUGCUGAUCCCACUAUUCGGCUUUUGAAUGAUGAACACGAGGUUGUUGAGACCCUGGGAAUUGAGAAAUGGAACACGGACUCUGUGGAGGCUUUUUUCCAAGAACUCUCUCUCACUCUCUCUCAGUCUCACACACUCUCUGUCUCACACACUCUCUCAGUCUCUCUCACUCUCUCUCAGUCUCACACACUCUCUCAGUCUCUCUCACUCUCUCUCAGUCUCACACACUCUCUCAGUCUCUCUCACUCUCUCUCAGUCCCCACACACCUCUCAGUCUCUCCACUCUCUCAGUCUCUCUCACUCUCUCAGUCUCUCUCACUCUCUCUGUCUCACACACUCUCUCAGUCUCACACCUCUCUCUCUCUCUCCAGUCUCUCUCACUCUCUCUCCCACACUCACUCUCUCAGUCUCUCCUCACUCUCUCAGUCUCUCUCUCUCUCUCUCAGUCUCACACACUCUCUCUCUCUCUCUCACACUCUCACUCUCUCUCUCAGUCUCACUCUCUCUCAGUCUCUCUCACUCUCUCUCAGUCUCUCUCACUCUCUCUCAGAGAAAUUCCAAAAAUUGCACCCGACGACCCCGCGGGGGACGCAGUGCGGAAAUUUACUCUUGCAUUGGUGUCAGCAGUCUUGCCCUCAGUUGUACUUCCUUGAGCAAGCUCCCAACCCGAGACAAGGACGGUUAAAUGGCAACGGCCAUACGCCACGUUCAUGUCUCUCUCAAACGAGAUCAAUACGGACGGUCUCAUCUAAAUAG